AUGCUGAUUCCUGUGGUUGUUAUGAAUGCUGGAAUCAAAGAAUGGAGUCUACUUGAGUUUCAAGGGGAUUUCAUACCACUGGAUAAAACAUCCGAUUGUUUACAAGGAGGAAUUGAAAUUGGGACAUUUCGUUACGGACAAAAGACAGCUCAAGAACCGAAAGUGACACUUCGUAUUGGAACUCACGUCUUGAGUGGCAGUCUCAUGAAGUUAUCACGUCCAUUUGCUAUUAUAGAGAAAGAAGAUUGUUGUGAGGAGAAGGAGAUCAAGUACAAAGUAGUGGGCAUUGCACACGAUGGCAAGUUCUUUGUGCUUGGAAAUACCGUCUCAGGGUUUAAGGUCUACAAUUCGGACAGUGGCGUUAUGGUAGUAAAUGUGACGAAUCCAGGUAUUCAUGCUGUAUCCUGGUCACCACUUGGUUCACACUUGUUGACGUGGCAACGACCACAGAAGGAUUCAGAGCGUGGUAAUUUGAUUGUCUGGGACGCUGCCACUGGCAAAGACGUGGCACGAUUUCAUCAGACAUCCUACUCACGUGAUAAAUGGCCACCACUGCAGUGGUCGUCGGAUGAAGCGAUCUGUGUACGUCAGAGCGCGAAUGGUGUGGUGAUUUAUAGUGGUCGAGAUAUUGCUGCAGGCUCCAUUGGCCAGAUCAGCCUUCCAAAUGUUGCAAACUUUAGUGUAGCUCCUGGUAGUGCUCCAUACAAGAUGGCUCUAUUUGUUCCAGAGAAGAAGGGUAAGCCUGCCAGCGUCAAGAUUUUUCAGUUUCCAAGCAAUCUAGAGGUACCUACGGCGACUAAGAGUUUCUACAAGGCUCAGGAUGUGACGUUAAAGUGGUCUCCGACGGGCAGUGCGCUGAUUGUAGAAACUCGAACGGACGUUGAUACGUCGGGUAAAUCAUACUACGGCGAAACAGGCCUCUUCUUCUUGCAGAGCGAUGGUAAAUAUGACUGCAUUGUGCCACUCACGAAAGAAGGCACGGUGCACGACGUCGCGUGGGAUCCUACCGGCCGCGGUUUCGUCGUCAUCGCCGGUGCAAUGCCUGCGCACGCCACUCUUUACGACAACAAGGCGCUACCAAUCUUUGAGUUUGGUGCAGCACCUCGGAAUCACGUCAGUUGGAGCCCGCAUGGACGUUUCUUGUGUCUUGCUGGAUUUGGUAACCUUCGCGGUGACAUGGAUUUUUGGGAGCGCAACAAGCUGAAAAAAAUGGGCUCGGCAACAUCUAACUCCGCCACUACGUUUGCUUGGUCACCCGACAGCCGCUACUUUGCUACAGCGACUACGUUUCCACGUCUGCGUGUGGACAAUGGCUUUAAGAUAUUUCGUUACGAUGGCACUGGUCCCGUUCACCAGGAGGAGCGUGGUGAGCUGUACGACCUAAAGUUCCGCCCGGCAGCUCAGAAUACGUAUCCAAACCGACCUCAGUCUCCGAAACGAAAGGGAGAAGAGGCGGGCUUUGGCUCGUCGUCUGUGGCUCCAAAGGCUGCGCCAAAGCCGCAGGCGUACCGUCCACCGAACUCGACGGGGGCUCUCGCCGCUAUGAUGCGAAAGGAAGAAAGCGGCUCGAAGAAGUUGGACCGCAUGGGAGCAACUGCAGCACCUAAAAAGCUUAGCAAGAGCGCACGCAAGAAAAAGGCGCAAGAAGCGGCUGAAGCCAAGGCAGCAGUGGACGAGGCUCUUGCCAAGGUCGCGGGUGCCACUCCCAAGGCUCCUCAGGUGUCAAUUCAGCUGAGCUCGGCAAAACCAAGCUCUGCUGAAUUGACACCUGAGGAGAAGGCCAAGAAAGUGAAGGGUUUGCUGAAAAAGCUGAAACAAAUUGACACGAUCAAGGCGAAGAAGGAGGCUGGUGACUCUCUCAACGAAGAUCAGCAGCAGAAGCUUCAGACUGAGCAGGCUCUACGAGACGAGGUGGCCAAACUCUCCGCGUAA